CAACAUUUGACAACUGAGAACAAAUACUUCACCCACAGGGCUGCUUCUCCUCCAGAAACCCGCCGGCGAAAAUGGCUGAUGUUUUCAGAAGCCUGAACCUCCUUGAGACCCUCAAAGAGUCCAUAGAGCACAAUAAGGUAUCAGAUGUCAAGGAUGCAGUGGAAGAUCUCCUGAUCAGCAGGAUCAACUUAGCUGUGAUAGGGGACCGUGGGGAUGAAAAGGCCACCUUCAUAAACUCCCUACGUGGCCUCAGCUCUGGGGAUGAUGGAGCAGCUCCGUCUCAAUCCCCUGUUGCCCCGGAGGAGGUGGCAGGCUACCCAAGCCCUAAACACCCUGACUUUCGCAUGUGGGAUCUGCCACCUGUUCCAUCCACCUCUCCAUUUGAACCCGAGGGAUACAUGGACAGAGUUAAGUUUGCCCGCUACAAUGCCGUCUUCAUUGCGUUCAACCAGGCGCCCCAACCCAACAGCGUGGCGGUGUUUCUCGAGGCCCGGUCACAACAGCGACAAACAGUGUACUUUAUUCUCUUAGCUUCAGAAAAAGCCACUGAAAAAAACCUAGAAGAAGAGAGGAAAGCCAGUUUAGAAGUGCUGACAUCACAGGGUGUGGCACUGCCUAAAGUCUACCUGGUGCGACCCUCCACCUUGGAGAAGUUUGACUUCCCCGGCCUGUUGGAGGACAUGGGAAGAGACCUUCCAGAGAUCCGAGCCCACGCACUUCUCUUGGCUUUCCCGACGCUUACCUCCACCCUGAUCACCCAGAAAAAGGAGGCAUUUAAAGCCCUAGUAUGGGCAGCUGCCUCGCUAUCUGGCGGGGUGUCAGCUAUCCCCGUUCCCUUUGUGGCCUCCAUGGUGGACUCAAGUGUAGCAGUGCGGAUUCUAAGCAAAGCACAAUUAUCUCUGUGCCUGGAUGAUGAAUCGGUCGAGCGACUGGCCCGACAGCGAAGGAUGGAACCAACAGGACUUAAAGUGCUGCGGACCUGUGUUCUGUCAGUGGAGGUCACUAAAGGUGAAGUGAAAAAGCGUCUGGCGGCGGCAGAAAAGGACUUGGCCGCGGUUUCGUCGAAGUUGGUGGAGAUGGCGAUGCCCAGACAUGCCCGUUCUGCCAGCCGCUCCUUCACUGCCAUGCUGCAAGCUUUAAACGGUGCCAUCGAUGAAAUGGCGGCUGAUGCCGAGAAGAUUGUGGCUGCUGUUAUUAAGGAGGGGAAGUGAAGUCUGUUGUUUUUGUCUUUGUGCAAGGUUUCCUGUUUAUGUGUGGUUUCCCUUUACUUUAAUGUUUUGCAAUAUGAGAAAUGCACUAUUUACACAGUACUUCAGAAAACUUUUGAAAAGUUUUCACUUAUUUUGAUGAACUUGAAGUACUAAAGGACACUAUAAAUAUUGUGUAAGCAUGCAUCCUGCAAAUAGAUGUCAAAUACUGUAAGUGCUGAUCAGUGCCUGUAAUAGAG